UGGAAAAUUGGGGAUUCUGAGUUGGAAAGGAUCAGAAAUCUGGCUUAUAAAUCUCCAAGGAUUUGGAGAUGAUUAAACAGCACAGUUUGAAUCAGCGUCGAUCAUAUGGGGAAAGUGUCAUCAAGUCCCUUCCAUUCCUUUUCACAUUUACAAUUUCUGAUCCAAUGGCUUCUGGGUCUGGCUUCAAGCGAUCGGACACCAUAGCUGAUAGCAUGCCUGAGGCUUUGAGACAAUCUCGGUACCAUAUGAAGAAAUGCUUUGCUACGUAUACAUCAAAUGGGAGGAGGUUAAUGAAGCUCCACCAUUUAAUGGAAGAAAUGGAGAGAUCAAUCCAGGAUAAGCUUGAAAGAGCCAAGGUCUUGGAAGGUUUACUUGGCUACAUCCUCUGUUCCACUCAGGAAGCAGCUGUUGUUCCUCCUUAUGUUGCAUUUGCUGUGAGACCCAAUCCUGGAUAUUGGGAGUUUGUUAAGGUGAACUCUGAAGAUCUUUCAGUUGAUGGAAUCACUGCUGCAGAGUACUUGAAAUACAAAGAAAUUAUCUGCGAUGAGAAAUGGGCGAAAGAUGAAUAUGCAUUGGAAGUGGAUUUUGGAGCAUUUGACUACUCUAUUCCUCAUGUAACCCUAUCAUCUUCUAUCGGUAAUGGGCGCAACUAUGUCUGUAAGUUCAUAACUUCAAAGUUGGCGGGGGGCUCUGAGAGUGCAAAGCCUUUGCUGGACUUCUUACUUGCUCUUAAUCAUCAAGGACAAAAUCUUAUGAUCAAUGAUACCCUCAACACUGUCGCCAAACUUGAAGGGGCAUUAGUAGUAGCGGAUGUAUAUGUUUCAGCACUUCCCAAAGACACCCCAUAUCAGAAGUUUGAGCAGAGGUUUUCUGAGUGGGGUUUUGAGAAAGGAUGGGGUGAUACUGCAGAAACUGUCAAAGAGACAAUGAGAUCACUCUCAGAGGUACUCCAAGCACCAGAUUCAGUGAACAUGGAGAAAUUCUCCAGUAGGCUUCCGACAAUAUUCAACAUUGUCAUCUUCUCUAUCCAUGGCUACUUUGGCCAAGCAGAUGUCCUUGGCUUACCUGAUACUGGCGGGCAGGUUGUCUACAUUUUAGAUCAAGUAAAGGCCCUGGAGGAUGAAUUGCUCCUUAGAAUUAAGAAGCAAGGGCUGAGUAUCAAGCCUCAAAUUCUUGUGGUUACACGACUUAUACCUGAUGCUCGAGGGACUAAGUGCAACCAAGAGCUGGAGCCAGUCUUAAACACUAGACAUUCUCACAUCCUCCGAGUUCCAUUUACGACAGAAAGUGGUGUCCUUCAUCAGUGGGUUUCCCGUUUCGACAUCUACCCCUACCUUGAGAAGUUUACUCAGGAUGCCACUGCCAAGAUCCUUGAUCACUUGGAUGGGAAGCCUGACCUCAUCAUUGGUAACUACACUGACGGAAACCUGGCAGCAUCUCUCAUUGCAAGCAAACUUGGGAUAACUCAGGGAACCAUUGCUCAUGCUCUAGAGAAGACAAAGUAUGAAGAUUCAGACAUCAAAUGGAAAGAACUAGAUGGAAAGUAUCACUUCUCAUGCCAAUUCACAGCUGACAUGAUCGCAAUGAAUUCUGCCGAUUUCAUCAUCACAAGCACAUACCAAGAAAUAGCAGGAAGCAAGGACAGGCCAGGACAGUAUGAAAGCCAUGCUGCAUUUACGCUACCAGGGCUGUGCCGAGUAGUCUCAGGCAUCAACGUCUUUGAUCCAAAGUUCAACAUUGCUGCCCCUGGUGCUGAUCAAUCUCUCUACUUCCCAUACACACAGAAACAGAAGCGGUUGACCACAUUUCACCCUGCCAUUGAAGAACUCCUAUACAAUAAACAGGAUAACAAUGAGCACUUUGGAUUUCUAGAAGAUAGGAAGAAACCAAUUAUCUUCUCAAUGGCAAGACUCGAUAUAGUGAAGAACAUCACAGGAUUAACGGAGUGGUAUGGUAAGAAUAAGAGGCUAAGGAAUCUGGUCAAUCUUGUCGUUGUUGCUGGCUUCUUUGAUCCAUCCAAAUCAAAAGACAGAGAAGAAAUAGCUGAGAUUAAAAAGAUGCAAAGCCUGAUUGAUAAAUAUCAACUUAAAGGCCAGAUCAGAUGGAUAGCAGCUCAGAAUGAUAGAGUCCGGAAUGGAGAGUUGUACCGUUGCAUUGCUGACUCAAAGGGAGCUUUUGUUCAGCCUGCUCUCUAUGAAGCCUUUGGUCUUACGGUCAUUGAGGCAAUGAACUGUGGGCUACCCACCUUUGCAACCAAUCAGGGAGGCCCAGCCGAAAUCAUUGUGGAUGGGGUCUCAGGAUUCCAUAUUGAUCCCAACAAUGGAGAUGAGUCAAGCAAUAAGAUUGCUGAUUUCUUUGAGAAGUCCAAGGAGGAUCCUGAAUACUGGAACAAAAUAUCCACAGGAGGUCUCCAGAGAAUAUAUGAAUGCUAUACGUGGAAUAUCUAUGCCACCAGAGUGUUGAACAUGGGAUCCAUCUAUGGCUUCUGGAGGCAGUUGAACAAGGAACAAAAACAAGCUAAACAAAGAUACAUUCAAAUGUUCUACAAUCUCCAAUUUAAAAACUUGGCAAAGAGUUUAUCCAUCCCAAGUGAUGGAACCCAACAACCAGCAUCAAAGCCAGAAGUUAAACCUCAAACACAGAAGCAACCACCACAAAGGCGUACACAAACCCGAUUGCAAAGGAUAUUCGGUUGAUUCCUGAAUCACAAUGGCCUUAGGAUCCUACCAUGCUUCGACUCAAAAGAGCCUUCCUCCCAGGAAUAAAGUUUUGGAGGUGAAGCAGCUCGGGUCCCCAAGCACAAGUGACGAUUGUGUUCAUUCCACCUGGUGUAAAUGGUGUUUCUUAGUUCUUACAUCAUAAAAAAGAUGUGUGGUGUGUUUAUGUGAUAAAAGAUUG